AUGGUGCAGCGGCUGACAUACAGGAAGCGGCAUAGCUAUGCCACUAAAUCCAACCAGCAUCGGAUCGUCAAAACUCCCGGUGGAAAGCUAGUGUACCAGAGCACAAAGAAGAGGGCAAGUGGUCCCAAGUGCCCAGUUACUGGCAAGAGAAUUCAAGGGAUUCCUCACUUGAGACCUGCAGAGUACAAGAGGUCUAGAUUAUCAAGAAAUCGAAGGACUGUGAACCGUGCUUAUGGUGGAGUGUUGUCCUCCGGUGGUGGUGGCGGCGGCGGAGGCCUUUGUUUUGGCGACAGAGGUGGUGCUGCUGCAGCGGUGCCAACAGUCGUUUUUCUGGUUUCUAUUUCUGCUCAUGUACUUGAGAUGGAUGUAGAGAUAAUGGAAAUCAAUGACCAACCUCAAGAACCACAACCAGGAGAAGGCACCACACUGCCACAACCAGAAGAAGGCACCACACUAAUCCGAACCUGCUUUAAUGGGAUAAAUGCCUUAUCAGGCAUUGGAAUAUUGUCUAUCCCAUAUGCACUUUCACAAGGAGGGUGGCUUUGUUUGAUAUUACUUCUCUUGAUUUCCAUUCUUUGUUUUUACACUGGGUUACUUAUAAAACGGUGCAUGGAUAUAAAUCCUGAAAUUAAAACUUAUCCCGACAUUGGUCAACUUGCCUUUGGGAAUAAAGGGAGAAUAAUUAUAUCCACUUUUAUAUAUCUUGAACUAUUCUUGCUCGCGGUUGAGUUUUUAAUAUUAGAAGGUGAUAAUCUACACAAACUCUUCCCAAAUAUACAUUUGCACAUUCUCGGGAAAAAUAUUGGAGGCAAGCGCGUGUUUGUCGUGCUCAGUGCGCUUGGUAUGUUGCCAACAAUAUGGUUGAAUCAAUCCUUGUUGGCUUAUGUUUCGGUCAGUGGGAUAUUGGCUUCUGUUAUCCUAGUUGGUUCUGUCUUUUCAGUAGGGGCAUUUGAAGGUGUUGGUUUUAAAGAACGAGGAGUCCUUUGGAGAUGGAAUGGACUACCAACCGUCAUAAGCAUGUACACCUUCUGUUAUUGCGGUCAUGCAAUAUUUCCGACGCUUUGUAGUUCCAUGAAAAAUAGAAGCAAAUUUCCUAAGGUUUUGCUUAUAUGCUUUACAAUAAGCACUAUCAGCUAUGGAUCAAUGGCAGUCUUAGGAUAUGUUAUGUACGGAGAAGAUUUGAUGUCCCAAGUGACUCUAAAUCUUCCAACGAGGAGCGUUGGUUCAAAAAUCGCCAUCUAUACUACGCUCAUAAAUCCUAUAACCAAGUAUGCCAUCAUUGUUUCACCAAUUGCUACUGCUAUUGAAGACAAAUUGAGUUCGCAUAGUAGCAGACCAGUAAGAUUGACCAUUAGAACAGUUUUGGUGAGAACAGUCUUGGUGAUCAGUACAGUUGUUGUGGCGUUAUUCAUUCCAUUUUUUGGAAGUAUAAUGGCAUUUAUUGGCUCGUUUCUUGGCAUCAGCACCUCGAUCUUGAUCCCGUGUCUAUGUUAUCUGAAGAUCGAUAAAGCUUCUCGAAAAUUUGGGUUAGAGUUAAUCAUCAUCGUAGUAGUUCUGGUUCUUGGCUUUUUUGUGGCCAUGACGGGAACGUACAUGUCUUUAAGAGAUAUUUUUAAAAAUGUCAAUACAAAAUAA